CUAACCCUAACCCUUCUCUUCGCCGCCACCCCAAAGAGAGCCCACGAACUGAAGAAGGGAGAGGAACAUCACCUCUCUUUCCCUUUCUCCUUCGUUCUCAUGGCUUCUCUGUUAUACACCAAAUCAAAUCCACUGGCUUCCUUUCUCCCCAAAACUAAGUUCCUUAUUCAACGGCGUUGUUAUGCAGCCGCGUCACACGGGCCGGUGCCAGCUGGAUUGGGUAGGGGAGGGUCCAGGAGCUCUAUGGUGGAAGAGCGGGUCGUGAAUGCUAUGAAAGAAGAAUCUGGGCUUGGCUCUUCAUCUGCGUGGGCCCCAGAUCCCCGAACUGGAUAUUACAGGCCCGCCAAUUGUGCGGACGAGAUUGACCCGGUGGAGCUCCGAGAAAUGCUAUUGGGACACAGAACAAAGUGAGCCCAAGCCCACAACAGUGACUAGCAGAACAAGUGAUAUGUGUAGGACUUGGAUGUAUCAUUACGAGAUCAUUGUGGUGUCCUUGGCAUUAAGGAUUUUUAAUUAAUUAUUAAUCCUGAUUAUGUGAGCUAAUAGUAGUUUAGGAGCUUUUUAGCUGGUUGUGAUGCAGUGUUACUCUUUUUCCUGACCGGAUUUUCCUUAUCCGGGAUUUUCCUUACCCGAUGUUUUUUAAGGAAGAUUUUAAUGAGGCCACAAUUGUUAUAUCA